AUGGCAUCAGCCCCUGCCUUUGCACCCCUCAUAUUGUGGACUCUUCUCGUGUUUCAAUCAUUUGAGUUUGGCCAUUCCGAAGCUUUCACCAAUGUGAGCUGCUUUGGUACAGAGAGAGAAGCUCUCUUGAAAUUCAGGCAAGGUCUCAUCGACCAUUCUAAACGCUUGUCAUCGUGGACUAGUAAGGACUGUUGUGAGUGGAAAGGAGUCGAAUGCAGCAAAAAGACUGGCCAUGUUUUCAAACUUGAUCUUCGUAAUCCAUGCUUGGAGACCGACAUCUAUGGAGAUAUCAUAGGUUCGGAUCAGAGCAGCUUGGCAGGUUUUGACGGAAACAUACCUCAUCACCUCGGUAACCUGUCCAACUUGCAGUAUCUGGAUCUUGCUUGUUUUGGCGAGGGUUGGGGUUGGCGUUUAAAACUUCAUCUCCAUGGUCCUUUGGAGUCUCUAUCCGUCAACUUCACUUCUUUAAGAUUCCUGGAUCUAUCAGGCAAUUCCAUAAAUUCUACUAUUCCUCCCUGGUUCUACAACUUUAGCAAGCUCGAGUACCUAAGUCUGUCAGGAAACUCAUUGUCGGGACCUAUUCCAGUAAGUCUGGGGGAGCUAUCAUUUCUAAGAGAGUUACGUCUCAGAGACAACAAAUUGAGUGGGAACAUCCCAGGAAGUAUUGGGCGACUAUCUAAUCUAGAAGUGUUGGUCAUAACAAAUAAUUCUUUGAACGGAGUUGUUAGUGAAUCGCACUUUGCAAAUCUCACGAGCCUGACUCUUUUGGGCAUUUCGUCUAAUGAACUUGUUUUAAGCUUUGAUCCCGCCUGGGUUCCUCCAUUCCAACUUCAGUACAUUGGCGUGACAGAUUGUUAUGUGGGACCAAAAUUUCCAUUGUGGCUUCAAACACAGAGGAAUAUUUCAUACUUGCGCAUGGCCAAUGCACGCAUCUCAGAUGAAGUUCCCAAUUGGCUUUCUGACAUUUUACUUAACGUUGAACAUAUUGAUCUCACUAACAAUACGCUCAAAGGCCCCAUUUCCAGAAUGGACUUAAACAAGAUGCCACUGUUAGGAUUGCUUGGUCUUGCUGAUAACAAUCUCAGCGGCAGCAUACCGAAUUCUCUAUGGGCGAUGGAGAACCUAUAUCAUCUUGAUCUGGCAAGGAACCAACUAUCCGGGACAAUACCCUCUCUAAGCCCCAUUUCCAGAAUGGACGGAAACAAGAUGCCACGGUUAAUACGUUUUUAUCUUGAGGGUAACAAUCUCAGCGGCAGCAUACCAAAUUCACUAUGUGCGAUGGAGAACCUAAUUCAUCUUGAUCUGUCAAAGAACCAACUAUCCGGGAGACUACCCUUAUGUCUGAAAAAGUUGAAAGCAUUGGAAAUGAUUUCGCUGGGUGACAACAGGUUAAGAGGUCAGAUUACUAACUAUUUCUGCCAUUUUAAGCAAUUAGCAGUUCUGAACCUGCAUAAAAAUGGCUUCGACAAAGUGCUUCCCCAAUGUUUGUCAAACCUAACUGAACUUGUGUUGCUUGAUCUAAGUGAUAAUGACUUCACUGGUGAAAUUCCUCCAUUUGGACGACGUUUUAAACGAUUAAGCAUCAUCAAUCUUGAGAACAAUAGUCUCACCGGAGGCAUUCCCACGCAACUCUGCCAACUUGAUUCUCUUCGGUUUUUAAGCCUAGCACGGAACAACAUUUCCGGAAGCAUUCCGCUGUGUUUUAAUGGAUUGUUAUCUAUGGUUGAAGGCAUAGAUCCGACAGACUCCCUUUGGUCAUAUCCGACAAUCAUUUACGUCAUGGUUCAUGCAAAGAGAACUACCCGACUAUACGACAAGACACUCCAUUUCUUCCAUUCCAUUGACUUAUCUGCAAACAAUUUAAAUGGCGAAAUACCAAAAGAGUUGACUAGGCUCGUCCAACUUCAGAAUUUGAACCUCUCUCAAAACAAUUUGAGUGGGAAAAUCCCUUCAAACAUUGGCAACCUCAAAAACUUAGAAUCCCUUGACCUAUCCAACAACGGGAUUUCUGGUAGAAUCCCUCCUAGCAUAUCCAGCUUAGACUUUCUAAGUUGUCUCAAUCUCUCAUUCAAUAAUUUAUCAGGCCCUAUUCCUUCAAGCAGUCAUCUACGUACUGUGGAUGAUGAAUCUGUGUAUCGCGGUAAUGACGGACUUUGUGGAGCUCCUCUUUCAAAAGUUUGCCCUAGAGAUGGUGAUUUUCAUAAUGGAGGCGAACCUAAUGAAGGCAAUCUGGACAUCCAUAAUUGGUUCUAUGCGGGCCUGGGGCCGGGAUUCGCAAUUGGAUUCUUGGGAUUUUGUAGUGCAUUGCAUUUCAAGCAGUCUUGGAGGAUAUCUUACUUUCAAGCAAUAGAUAAGAUCAUUGAAAAGCUGAUGAUAUUAGGGAUGAUUACCACGCUUCAGUUCAAAAGAGCUUUUCAGGAGAGUUGAUUACCAAAUAUGGACCUCAGGCACAACCCCAAGCAUUAAGUAGCGUUCGUGAGAGUUGAAGAAAUUUAUCAGAUUCGAUAGACAGACAUAUGUUUGUAUCAUAAACUUAGAAGUUCCUCUCUUCAUGAUUAGAAACAUUGUAUCAGUAGCUUAUGUACGUAACGAACUCUUUGUAUUACAUAAAGCUAGCAAAA